ACGAACCAGGACGCUCCGGACCUGCGAGCGGCGGCGGCGGCGGCGCGGCCGGCGCAACAGAGGGCGCAGCUGCCUGGCUGCAAUCCACGCCCCUUCCCGCUGGGGUGACAGCCUCUGCGCAAAGUCUCGUUUGUGAUUUCUGGAGCGACCGACCGCGUUCCAGGCCGGUGACCCGGCCCAGGCGACCAAGAAACGGUUUCCUGGCGAACCCGCUCCUCAUCCCUAGGCAGCCCACACCCCCAGGGCCUGAAGAUGCUGCGAUCUAUGUGGACUUUUCUGAAACGUCAUAAAAAGAAAUUCGUCUUCCUGGGCACAGUCCUUGGAGGAGUAUAUAUCUUGGGGAAAUAUGGGCAGAAGAAAAUUAGAGAAAUACAAGAAAGAGAGGCUGCAGAAUACAUUGCCCAGGCACGGCGACAAUAUCAUUUUGAAAGUAACCAGAGAACUUGCAAUAUGACAGUGCUGUCCAUGCUCCCAACACUGAGAGAGGCCUUAAUGCAGCAACUUAAUUCUGAGAGCCUUACAGCUCUGCUAAAAAACAGGCCUUCAAACAAGCUAGAAAUAUGGGAGGAUCUAAAGAUAAUAAGUUUCACAAGAAGUAUCGUGGCUGUAUACAGUACUUGUAUGCUGGUGGUUCUUUUGAGAGUCCAAUUAAACAUAAUUGGUGGAUAUAUUUAUCUGGAUAAUGCAGCAGUUGGCAAAAAUGGCUCUACAGUUCUUGCUCCCCCAGAUGUCCAACAACAAUAUUUAUCAAGUAUUCAGCACCUCCUUGGAGAUGGCCUGACAGAAUUGAUCACUGUCAUUAAACAAGCUGUGCAGAAGAUUUUAGGAAGUGUUUCUCUUAAACAUUCUUUGUCCCUUUUGGACUUGGAGCAAAAGCUGAAAGAAAUCAGAGCCCUCGUUGAGCAGCAUCAAUCUUCUGCUUGGAUUAAUAAGGAUGGAUCCAAAUCUUUAUUAUGUCAUUAUAUGAUGCCAGAUGAAGAGACUCCAUUAGCAGUUCAGGCCUGUGGUCUUUCUCCCAGAGACAUUACCACAAUUAAACUUCUUAAUGAAACAAGAGACAUGUUGGAAAGUCCAGAUUUUAGUACAGUUUUGAAUACCUGUUUAAACAGAGGUUUCAGUAGGCUUCUUGACAACAUGGCUGAAUUCUUUAGACCUACUGAGCAGGACCUCCAACAUGGUAACUCCAUGAAUAGUCUUUCCAGUGUCAGCCUGCCUUUAGCUAAGAUAAUUCCAAUAGUAAAUGGACAGAUCCAUUCAGUUUGCAGUGAAACACCUAGUCAUUUUGUUCAGGAUCUGUUGAUGAUGGAGCAAGUGAAAGACUUUGCUGCUAAUGUA